ACUCAUUGAACUAAAAUGCCAGAGGCGGGACAUCUGUUUUUACGUCAUAUCAUUUUCGGUGCGGAAGAUCUAUCAGUUUAUUGGUUGAUAUACCGAGUCGCUCUUAAUACUGUGAUGGAUAACGCUCACACCAGGACUGUGGAGGAAGCUCUGGGUUUCUUCAAUGUCAACGAGUCCACAGGCCUGAGCUGUGAACAGCUGAAGAACAACAGAGAGCGAUGGGGACCCAACGAACUCCCGGCUGAAGAAGGUAAAUCUCUUUGGCAGCUGGUUCUGGAACAAUUUGAGGAUUUGUUGGUGCGCAUCCUUCUACUGGCUGCGUGCAUUUCCUUUAUCCUGGCCUGGUUUGAAGAAGGUCAGGGAACUAUCACAGCCUUCGUCGAACCCUUUGUCAUCCUCCUCAUCCUUAUUGCCAAUGCUAUUGUUGGAGUUUGGCAGGAGCGUAACGCAGAAAAUGCAAUUGAGGCCUUGAAGGAGUACGAGCCGGAGAUGGGCAAAGUGUACCGUCAGGACAAACAGAACGUCCAGAGAGUCAGGGCACGGGACAUCGUUCCUGGAGACAUUGUGGAAGUCGCAGUUGGUGAUAAGGUCCCAGCUGACAUCAGGCUGACAUCAAUCAGAUCCACCACACUGAGGGUGGACCAGUCGAUCCUGACGGGAGAGUCUGUGUCUAUCCUGAAACACACCGACCCUGUUCCAGACCCUCGAGCCGUGAACCAGGACAAGAAGAACAUGCUCUUCUCUGGCACCAACAUCGCAGCAGGCCGAGCCAUAGGGGUCGUGGUGGCCACAGGGGUGCAGACAGAGAUUGGGAAAAUCCGGGAUGAGAUGGCCUCCACUGACCCUGAGAGGACGCCGUUACAAAAAAAGCUGGAUCAGUUUGGAGAGCAGCUGUCAAAGGUCAUCACUGUCAUCUGUGUGGCAGUGUGGGCCAUCAACGUGGGUCAUUUCAGCGACCCUGUCCACGGAGGCAGCUGGCUGAAGGGAGCUGUUUACUACUUCAAGAUCGCAGUGGCUCUGGCUGUGGCCGCCAUUCCAGAAGGCCUCCCAGCAGUCAUUACCACCUGUCUGGCACUGGGCACAAGGAGGAUGGCCAGGAAGAACGCCAUCGUUCGCAGCCUCCCGUCAGUGGAGACGCUGGGAUGCACUUCUGUCAUCUGCUCCGACAAAACAGGAACACUGACCACCAACCAGAUGUCAGUGUGCAGGAUGUGUGUAGUGGACAGUGUGGCGGGGGAACACUGCCGUCUCAGUGAAUUCACAGUGACGGGAUCUACUUACGCCCCUGAAGGGGAAGUCUACAAAGACGGUGCGGUGGUGAAGUGUAGUCGAUACGAGGGUCUGGUGGAGUUGGCCUCCAUCUGCGCUCUGUGCAACGACUCAUCGCUGGACUACAACGAGGCCAAGGGUGUGUAUGAGAAGGUUGGAGAGGCAACGGAGACCGCCCUCUGCUGUCUGGUUGAGAAAAUGAAUGUGUUUGACACAGACCUGAGAAGACUGAGUCCCGCAGAGAGAGCAACAGCGUGCUGCUCUGUGAUCAAGCAGCUGAUGAAGAAGGAGCUCACACUGGAGUUCUCCAGAGACAGGAAGUCCAUGUCUGUCUUCUGUUCCUAUAACAAACUCACCAGGUCUACGUCUGGAAACAAAAUGUUUAUUAAGGGGGCGCCAGAGAAUGUUCUGGAACGCUGCACUUACAUCCGGGUCCGUGGUUCUACUCGCGUGCCCAUGAGCCCUGCAGUUCGAGAGCAGCUGCUGUCCAUGGUGAGAGAGUGGGGGUCGGGGCGAGACACACUACGCUGUCUGGCCAUGGCCACGAGAGACAUGCCCCCCGAGGUCCACUGCCUCAACCUGGAGAACUCAGCUGUCUUCUCUGAAUACGAGUCGGACCUGACCUUUGUGGGCUGCGUGGGGAUGUUGGACCCACCCAGGAAAGAGGUUCUCAAUGCAGUACGGAUGUGUCGUCAGGCUGGCAUACGAGUCAUCAUGAUCACAGGAGACAACAAAGGGACUGCGCUGUCCAUUUGUCGGAGGGUGGGCAUCAUCACAGAGCAGGAGGAGGAGCAGGGGGGAGACAGAGCCACCGGGGGCCUCACAGGUCGGGAGUUUGACGAGCUGCCCCCUCACCUGCAGCGUCAGGCCUGCAGAACGGCCUGUUGCUUUGCUCGCGUGGAGCCGACUCACAAGAGUCGGAUUGUGGAGUAUCUGCAGAGUCUGAAUGACAUCACCGCCAUGACAGGUGACGGCGUGAACGACGCGCCGGCUCUGAAGAAGGCAGAGAUCGGCAUCGCUAUGGGCAGCGGCACAGCAGUGGCCAAGUCGGCGUCUGAGAUGAUCCUGGCUGACGACAACUUCUCCACCAUCGUGGCAGCAGUUGAAGAAGGCAGAGCCAUCUACAACAACAUGAAGCAGUUCAUCAGAUACCUGAUCUCUUCAAACAUUGGAGAGGUGGUCUGUAUUUUCCUGACCGCUGCUCUGGGCAUGCCUGAAGCGCUGAUCCCAGUGCAGCUGCUGUGGGUCAACCUGGUCACUGAUGGUUUUCCUGCCACAGCUCUGGGCUUCAACCCUCCAGAUCUGGACAUCAUGUCCCGCCCUCCUCGCUCUCCCAAAGAGCCUCUGAUCUCUGGCUGGCUCUUCUGUCGCUACCUCAUCAUCGGCUGUUACGUGGGAGCGGCCACAGUAGGAGCUGCUGCCUGGUGGUUCAUAGCAGCCCAUGAUGGACCUAAAGUUUCCUACUACCAGCUGUCCCACUACCUGCAGUGCCGCGAAGGCCACGCUGAGUUUGCAGGAGUUCAGUGUUCAGUCUUUGAGUCUCCGUACCCCAUGACCAUGGCUCUGUCUGUCCUGGUCACCAUCGAGAUGUGCAAUGCCUUAAACAGUCUCUCAGAAAACCAGUCUCUGCUCAAAAUGCCUCCGUGGUCGAAUCAGUGGCUGGUGGGCGCCAUCUGUCUGUCCAUGGCUUUACACUUCCUCAUUCUUUAUGUCGACCCUCUGCCGGUGAUCUUCCAGAUUCGUCCUCUGUCCUGGUCUCAGUGGGUGGUGGUGCUGAAGAUGUCACUUCCUGUUAUUUUCUUAGAUGAGGCACUCAAGUUUCUCGCCCGCAACUACGUUGACCCAGGGAAUCAGAUCCAGACGGUGGAGGAGGAGCAGCUGGAGAGAGAAGUCGCAAACGCAGGAUUGGUCAGUGGCCUGGUGAAACGACUACGUCACUCCGUCAAAGAUGUAUCCUGGUCGUUCAUGCUAAUCUCAGCGCCGCUGGUCUUUUGGAUCUUUAGUCUGGACUCUGACAUCACCAACAUCUUCUGGGGGUGAUGGGAGGAACAGGGGCGACUGUGGGGAGGAAGGAGGUAAGGAGCGAACAAGGUGAGGGUCAAGGAGAAGCGGGAAACGGAGGAACGAUAAGAGUGGACGAGGAGUUGAGAAAUUGAAAAAGAUUAUUGAAGGUUGUUUAGCACGUAGACAAUCAGAAAAAAAAGAAAUCUGAGACAGGAAGUUGAGGGCGCGUUUGGACAUGACUUUAACUUAAAUUAAAAAAGGGUGCUAGGUGCAGCUCAUUAACUCUGUUCAUCCAUUCACUUAAACCGUCACUGGUGGCACGACAGAUAUUAGCAUGAAGACGUGGAGAAUUGUUAUUUGAAAAUAAAUUGCCUUAAAGCCAAAAAGGAGUUGUGUGUGAACAGAUUGAUCCAAUGAGGGCAGUUUUGACUUGUCCACAGUGACCCACAGGUCUGUUACCUGUACACUAGUUCACCACCAGAGGUCAGUGGAGGGGCUUUGCCUCUGUUCCUAUUUGUGCCACUUGGUAAGAUUAACAUUUGAAGAAAAAAAUUGGAGCAAAAAGUAGAACAAAACGUCAAUUUUAUUAAAUGUCUUUAUAGAUGUUCUGAGAUCAAGAUCUCACAAACAAAUCAGAAUGAACACAAACCCUGUGGUUAGGCGUGCGCUUCAGUAAAUGAGCAGCACAGAACAACAGUAAAUGUUCCACAACUGUGGAACUCAGUUGCAUAUGUUAUAUUUUAUUAUAAUUCUAUUUCCAGUUCUGGGUGUUGAAUUUGCCUGCCUGUGCUUAAGGCUCCCUCUGCUGGACGAUGCAUUAACUUCCCCUUGGGAUUUUUGUUUUUAGCCUUGAAUUUACACUAUUAUGUAACACUGAUGCUUAAUGUGUCUAAUAUAUCUAUAUAUAGAUGUAUAUUUAUAUUUAAAAACAAACGUCAGUACUUCAACCGUCAACAUUUCACACCAUGAACUAAACUGCACGUUCAUAUAGAGAAAAAAACAAACCAAAACUGCUGAUACAGAUGCUUCAUGUAGCACCUUUUACCAACAAAGUGAGUGUGUGUGACUGAAGAAGGCACAGAGCCGUCCACGGUGUUGCACUCACUCUGGUUUCAGCUGCACCGUCACUGUGUCGUCUCAAUCACCAGUGUCUGUGAGGAGGAGACCAAGUCCUUGAGUUUUAAAACCACCUCUUGUGAUUAUUCCAUGACAGCAGUUUUCACGUCAACGUUAUGAAUCAUUUCUCCAAUUAAAGGUUAAAAAAAAAAAAAGCUUUAAAUCAUUGUGCACAACGAGACGACAGACGUGUCCAGCCAACGCUACUUAUUCCUUAGUCAGUUUGAAUCGAUGACCAAAAAAAAUAAAUGACCUCUAAUACACAGUCAACAAACGGCAUCUGACGGUGGUGUUAGUACAACAAGAACAUUCCAUGUGUGAGGGAGGAAAUGUUUGGAGCAACUCUUUAUUUUUACUAUUGUGGACGUUGGGGAGCAGGACUUGAGAAACCGAUGUGACCUAAGUUGGAAUUUUUAUGUAAAAAAAAAAAAA